UUCACGAAGCACAAGACACUAGCAUUUACACUGGCCACUGACACUCGCGUAAUCCCUCAAAAGCGACACUUACCACCGUAUAUGUGUUCAUGAUGCUCGGUUGACUGGUCGUGUGGUGACUGUGAUGAUUUGGUGAUGAUUCGGUGGCUUUAUACUCGCGAUUUUAGAGGGGGUGGGAACAAUGAAGUGUCUUCGGAGGAUGCCAUCCACUUUCACAUAAGCCAUCACCAGGGGCCUACCGAAUUUUAACAUGUGAAGAAGUGAACUUGAUGCCGCCUCUCGACGGGGAAAUUCACCAAUGAGACAUUCUUUUUAAAUUAUAUAAGAAUAUAAUUCACACGGAGAGUUUUUACAUUUUGACAAUUAUUUGUUGUUAAAUUAACAUCGAUUUGAACGCACUCUCUAUGCUAAAGCUGCUUAUUAAGAAAUCUACCGUGACCUAGUGGCACUAUUGCCGGGAUGAGGACAUUCGCGGUUUUGGCAGACGACCAUUUUUAAACAACAAAUUCAAGUGUUGAAAAUUUAUUAAAAGACUUGACAUUAAGACUAUUAAGAGUCCGGGAUCGAAGACCGCAGCUUUUGUACUCGAAAUUGGCAACUUUUUGAAGCAGAGAAAGAGAGAAGAAAGCAAAGAAACUAAGAGUGAGAAAGAGGCUUUCCAGUUAUAGCACCAACUACAUCGGGGCGGAUGCACCCAUUGAAGUUUUUUUUUAAUAAUGAAUUCUUAAUGGAAAACUAAUCAUAAUUAAUCAAAACGGAAAUACAUUAUAAAAAUACAAUUUUUGGACGAUGGGGAGGAGAAAUCAACUUUUCUUAUGCGAAAACUGCGACAAAAAUUAAAAUUCUCUCCCUAGGGAGAAAAAUAAGUUUAACGGUGGGACAUUAAUCGGAUUACAUUAAUCGGAAGGACACUCCAAUGGUUUUUCAACGAAUCGUCUUCCGGUUCCGCUACCUAUUUCCCAUAUAAUAAUGUCUCGAGUGAAAGGAGAGAUGCUCUGCGGACAUUGCAAAUAACUCCAUAUACUCAAUAUGCCAUCUGCCUACACUUGUUUUAUCAAAUUGUGCCAUAAUACAGGAAAUACCCCAAAGUGAAUGGUCAACAAAUUAUUCUAAACUUAUUUGGUCAUGGAGGAUUUUGAGAAGUGCAAACUAUGGUGGCGACACUUGUUGUCAAAUUUGAAUAUUAACAACGUAUUUUUAAACGGUGAAAUGAUUUCACCUAAAGUAACUUUAAUAAAAAGUAACUUAAAUAGAAAUUUUGCUACUUGUGAGAGGUAUCUUCAGACUUUGAACUGUGUUAGUUUUAAUCGAAAUGACAUUUUGCAAUGGUUUCAAGGCCUCUGUCAACACUUAACGACAAUAAUUAAACUAAUCGGUCGUUAUUACAAAGAAUCUAAGGAUGAAACUGCUAAUCAAACUCAAAACACUUUACUUCUGUACUUGACCCAAACCCUCACUUGUUUGUCUCUCCUAAUUAACAUUUUCGUCCGUGAGGACGAAAUUCAACAAGUCGUGGGCGAGGCUAGGAAAUGUGUAAUAAAACAAAUGACAUGCUGUUUGGAGUUGAUCCAAGUAGGCAUGGAAUGUAUAAAGUCUGACCCUUCUGGUAAUUUCGUGAAAUGGAUGGACGCAGCCCUUGAAAAAAUCUCAGAAAUAAACAUUUGUGACCAAAACGAGGUUUACGACGAAGCGAGACACUUAUUUGAGGAGGUGCUAGCACAUGCCAUGUCCAUAGCUCAGGUUUCACUCCUUGAAGACAGCAAAAGCAUAAGAGGGGGCUGCCAAUCAGUCCUGACCGCUUUGAAUUCACUGGAAAUUGAAAAAAAUAGCACAAUUCCAAACGCAGCUAUGAUUAAUUUAUGCACAAACGCCUGCAGUGACAAACUGUGUAUUUUGGAAAGGAAAGUCAACACAGCAGUCCUCCGCUUGUGUCUAAAAACAUUUUCCGAAUUUACGACCCCCUUGGAAAAAAUUCACGAUUUUUGUGUCAACUCCGAUAAUGGGGCUAGAAAUGAGGAACUUGACGGUUUAGUGGCUGAUUUUGAUUUGCACGUGGAUCGGAUCAUGCAAAUCGGCUUAUUUGCUGUUUCCUGUUCAAGUGAUUUUGCACGGGGAAUUAAGAUUCGUAGCUGUUUGGCUAGUUUGGAGGCACUCGAGAGCGAACUUGUCCCAGCUUUGACAUCACUUUUGCUAGAUAAUUCGGUCCAUAAUAUCAACUGUGCGUCAAUUUUGAUGAAACAUUGGUUGAAUCAAGCGAUUUGCUUACAACGACUUAUUUACUUGAUAAUUGAUCCUUUUGCAUUUUGUCAGGUGAUUUAUGACGAAGCUUCUGAUAUCGCUGAAAAUUUAUCAGAUUUGAUAAAGAAAAAAAUCUUAAUUAGGCAAAACAACGUUCAUUCUUUUCUCUCAAUUGCAAGAGUGUUGCAGACGUUUUUAGAGACAGCAAAAUGUGAAUUUACCGAAAGCGAAUUGAGCAAAAUUCAAACAAAAAUUGUAGAUUUCAAUGAAGUUUUGCAAGAAACAGAAAGCGCCUCGAAAGUCCUACUCACUGACAAUAACAUCGAUUUAGACAAUUGCAAACGGGUGUUGAAGAGGUGUCGAAUUCUUUUGACAGUUUUGAAGCGUUUGUGGUUUUGUUUUUCCGAUGACGAUGUCCCAAACAAUGUCAAUAAAAAUGCACUUCCGGAACAAAUGGAACCAACGGGAAACCCCUUUUUAGAUCAUAUAAUCAACAGAGGAAAGCAAAUAUUACAAGACCGGAGCGUUUUGUAUCGCACACCAGUCAAAAAUAACGUCACAAAAAAACUAAUUUCAAACAGCACAAAACAAAGCCAAAGGAAAGAAAUGCCGCUUUCAAGACUUGUACAUUUGAGAAAAUUCAGUUUUGUUAAUAGUGGUGAUAAGAUUGAAGCUAGUUUAGAUUUACAGAUAACAGAAAUCUUGAACGAGGUGACAAGCCUUUCCACUUCACUACGUCCCACCUUAAGAUGAGAAUUUGGAUAAAAAAAACAAUUGACGUUAUUAAAUCACAAAAAUGUAGUGUUUGCAUUACAAAACUCACAAAAUCA